GGUUUGGUCAGUCUCACGGAAAGAAAAGGGGGAAAGGAAAUGUGUGUAUAAGGGUGUUUCAAGAAAAAUCAAAAUAUCAAAUCAACUCAAAAGUUUGACAUGCAAACUUAGUUACGUCUAGUUUGAUUUGGUAUUUUAAAUAUAAAAGAAGACAAACUAAACCAAAUAUAUAUACAGGCACACAUUUACCUCAAUAGAUAUUUAAAAAAAAAAAAAAAAUUACUCCGUUAUCCUUUUAAAAGAAGUUGUCUAAACAUAUCCAUAAUCCAUGAUACUUCCUUGAGAUGUAAAAUAAGACUUUUCUUAAAGAUUCCUUUGCUUCUUAUCUAUCACCUUCGAUCAUGUAGUUCUGCUUCCGGUACAGGAAGAAGCGUAGUUUCAGAGUUCGAUAUGUCUGAGCUUCAGGGUUCCGGUUCUCUCAAGUGGUGGCUUUUUUAACACUCGUUUGUUCAGUUUCUACUUAUACGAUCACUGUCUGCAAAUAAGUCAGCUAUCAUCACAAUGCUGCAUUGAGAGAAAUUUUGGAGCUCAAAGCAUGAAGACAUUACUAAGGGAAAGUUUCAACUUAUUGUUGCUCAUGUAUUUGUAUUCCAUCCACCUCUGUUCUGGUGCUGCUACAGAUACCAUAACUACAACCCAUUUUCUGAGAGAUGGUGAUGCCAAUAUUGCUUCAACUGGUGGAACUUUUGAAAUGGGGUUCUUCAGUUCAGGUAAUUCGGAAAAUCGAUAUGUGGGUAUGUGGUACAAGAACAUAUCUGUUAGGACAGUGGUGUGGGUUGCCAAUAGAGAAGCUCCUUUGAACAAUGGAUCAGGUGUCCUUAAAGUCAUUGAACCAGGACUUCUUGUCCUUCUCAAUGGAACUAACAAUGUUGUAUGGUCAACUAAUACGUCUAGAUCUGUGCAAAAUCCGGUUGCGCAGUUGCAAGAUUCUGGCAAUCUUGUUGUCAAAGAAGCUGGUGAUAAUAGCCCCGGGAAUUUCCUAUGGCAGAGCUUUGAUCACCCAACUGAUACACUAUUGGCAGGUAUGAAGCUUGGUAGGAACUUUGUAACUGGCACAGAGGUGUACUUGUCAUCAUGGAAAAAUGAGGAGGAUCCAGCUCCCGGGGAAUUGACAUAUCACUGCGAUCCUUCUGGAUAUCCACAGAACAUCUUGAAGAACGGCUCAGAUGUUGUAUAUCGCUCUGGACCGUGGAAUGGUCGCUCUUUCAGUGGGACACAAAACUCAAGAGAAGGUCCUUUCUAUACAUUUGGAGUAUUUUCAAGUAAGACAGAGGUGUAUUUUGGAUAUAAGCUCACAUCUUCAGUUCUUGUGAGGUUGACAUUAAGUUACAAAGGGGUCCUACAGGUUUGGACUUGGGGUGAUGGAAAUCAGGGUUGGGUCCCUUUCCUCUUAAUACCCGCAGAUAACUGUGAUAUGUAUAACUUGUGUGGCGCAUAUGGUAGCUGCAACAGUCAAGAUUCUCCACUGUGUGGAUGCUUAGACAAAUUUGUGCCCAACAAUAGUGACGCUUGGAAAAAGACAGAUAGGUCAGGUGGCUGUGUUCGGAGAACUGAACUAAAUUGCCUUGGAGGAGACGUAUUUUUGAAGUAUUCACAUGUCAAAUUGCCAGACACACGGAAUUCCUGGUCCGAUGUGACUAUGACACUAGAAGAAUGCAAGAAUAUCUGCUCUAAAAAUUGCUCUUGUAUGGCUUACUCCAGUUCUGACAUACUCAAUGGAGGAAGUGGAUGCUUAUUGUGGUUCAAGGAUCUGCUUGACAUUCGGCAGGGACCCAGCGGAGGGCAAGAUAUCUACAUUAGAAUGGCUGCUUCUGAAUCAGAUAGUCUGGAGAAAUCAGAUGGAAAGAAAGGAAAAGUACUUUUCUGGAUUCUACCAUUAUCAGUUGGUUUGGUUCCAGUAUUCCUUAGUCUGUUGAUCUACCAUAGAAGAAGGAAGAAGGCUUUAGAGCUCAAAAACAAAGGAAGGUCAGGAUGUUACAAGAUGAAUUACAACAGUGGCAAUUGCGCUGAAGAAUUUGAAAUACCACAGUUUGACUUAUCUACCAUAGCAAAGGCUACCAAUAACUUUUCAACUGACAGACAGAUUGGAGAAGGGGGCUUUGGACCUGUUUACAAGGGCAUACUUGAAGGACAGGAAAUAGCUGUCAAGCGGCUGUCUAGAACUUCUACACAAGGAGAAAAAGAGUUCAAAAAUGAAGUUGUAUAUAUUGCCAAACUUCAGCAUAGGAAUCUGGUGAGGAUUCUUGGCUGCUGCAUUGAAGGGGAAGAAAAAAUGUUGAUCUAUGAGUACUUGCCAAAUGGGAGCCUUGAUUCAUUUAUAUUUGAUGACACACAAAGCAAGGUAUUAGACUGGCCUAAGAGAUUUCACAUUAUCAAUGGUAUAGCUCGGGGACUUAUGUAUCUGCAUCAAGAUUCUCAAUUAAGAAUAAUUCACAGAGACCUGAAAGCUAACAACAUCUUGUUAGACAAGGACAUGAAUCCAAAGAUAUCAAACUUCGGUUUAGCAAAAAUAUGUGAAGAGGAUGACAUUGGAGCCAAGACAAACCGAGUUGUUGGAACAUAUGGGUACCUCUCACCGGAAUAUGCAUUGCACGGGAGGUACUCAGUAAAAUCAGAUGUAUUUAGCUUUGGUAUCUUAGUAUUGGAAAUUGUGAGUGGGAAAAGCAACAGAAGAUUCUCUCAUCCAGACCACAGCCUGAAUCUACUGGGACUUGCAUGGAAACUCUAUAAAGAAGGUAGGUCAGCAGAACUACUUGAUGAAUACCUAGGUGAUUCUUGUUCAACACCCGAAGUGGAACGAUCAAUCUGUGUUGGUCUAUUAUGUGUCCAACAAUGUCCAGAAGAUCGUCCAAGCAUGUCUUCUGCAGUUAUGAUGUUAAACAAUGAAGGCGUAUUGCCACAGGCUAAACGGCCAGGUUUUUACAUAGAAAGAGAUGCACCGGAUGGUGAAUUAUAUGCACGGAGUACACUUAGUGAGACCCCCAUCACAAUACUAGUUGCCCGAUAAGAAAAAAAUGGUUCACUUGUUUUCCAACAAGCUUGCAGUUGUAAUAAUCUUUCCUUUAAUUCUUUGUAGGAAUGUGGUAAAAAAUAUUUGGUGUAUCAACAAUGUCUAACAUAUGUAAAUUUGAAAGCUUGCUGAUUGGCUGUUACUACUUCUCAAUCUAGUUU